AUGGCGAAUGCACAAGUUGUCAUCACUCUGCUCCCCGUCCUGCCCGAUGGUAUACCUCUGCGCACCCUCACUCUCUCCCAAGACAACCCCCUCAUCUCGAUCGGUCGAUCUUCAAAGCGUGAAGAAAAGAACCGGAUUCCGGACAAGAAGAAUGCGUGGUUUGAUUCCCGUGUCAUGUCUCGAGAUCACGCAAAGUUGAGCAUCUGUCUGGACAAGAAGGCUGUGUACAUCUGCGACUAUGGCUCCACACAUGGGACCUGGUUGAACAACGCCCGGCUUAGCAAGAAUGAGCAGACCCCGCUGCUCACCGGCGAUCACCUUCGAUUUGGCCUCGUUGUGGAUCGUGGGGAUGAGGUCUUUCCUGCCUUGGAGGUCUACUGCAGAAUCGAAUACGUCGAUAGUCGGUAUGGAUUCGCAUCCAUUCGACUUGCCCGCUCAAAUGCUAACGUCAUGGCCCUUCCACCCAGUGACCAUAGCCAUCCUGUGUCCCGAUCGAAGAACACGUUCUGUGUGCCCGAGGAUGACGACGAGGAGGAGGACGACGAUGCUUAUGUGCAAAGUGAUGUGCCCAGUGAAUCGGAGUCUUUCUCCAAAGAGCCCGAACUUGCUCCUGUGAGCGAGGCCAUGACUCCGACUUCUUUGCUGAGUGUGCACACAAUGGGGGAGGAGACCAAGCGGUCGAAGUCCUCUGACACUGAUCAUGUGGAUUUGCCAGUGAAGGAUGUCAAAUCAUCCUCGGCAGACAACAUGGAUACCUCGCCCCCUGCCCUGCAGAUUGACCCACUUACUCUUUACUGGCAAGAUUUUCUUUAUUUGACCCAAGCAGAACUGGAAUUGAGAUUGUCCAAUCUUGACUGGGAAUCAAUUAGUGAACGUCUGGGUGUCAGGGCGUUUGUUCGCGACCCGAUUAGAUGCAUGAGUUACUUUUUCAAACUCUCCAAGUACAUCCCAGUCCCCGACCAAGGGUUCCAGGACUGGUUGAUUAUGCGGCCGCAACACAAGUACAUCAGUGACCUGAUCAGUGCACAAUUGAAAGCCUUCCCACAACCUGUUGACACAACCCGGAAGACAAUUCAUCAAACCCAACACUGCUCCGUGUCCCAGGAACAGUACUGGUUGGAAAGCUCCCCAAGUUUCAAGCCUAUCAAUGGUACAGAAUGUUUCCUGGAGCUGAAAGGUGGAACGGAUGACAUCGACGUCAUGGAACCGGUCUUCAAACGCGAGCCAGGACAGAACCACACUUACUGGGUUGUUGAUACACGGAAGUAUUGGGUCUUCAACGAAACGGCAGACGAUCUCAACUCCGGAAGCAACUGGUGGAUUGUUAAAAAGCCACGAGAGGUUCUUGGUGAGGAUAUCAGAAUUCAACUUGACAACGAUAUGCCGCCAGAUGACCGCCACAAGUGCUGGAUUGUCAAAAUCUGGGUGCCCUCAAUAAUCGGAAAUCAGUGGUGCGAGCUUGCUCCUUACUGGGACACAGAUUUCGGUAAAAUUGAUUAUUCCGCGGACGAACUUGUCAAUAAAGCAAGCGAUUCCGACUCCUCUGUGUCUAGUGCUGGAUCUGUAUCUUGGGACGAAGACUCUGCGUCGAGUCCGUCGGACUCUGACGAUGAUGGAUUUGAUGAGGGAGAAGACGACGAUUCUGACUCGGAUCAAGCAUCUGAGGUUGAAUUUAUCUCCGAAGUCAUUUCUUUGGCUCAGCCCGAUGAGAAUUUUGUCAAUCCCAAGGAGUUGACAUCAAAGAGUGAGAUCUCGCUUGUGGAAACCAAAGAGCGCAUCAACCACGAUGCUGGUUCUGGUUCUGCCUCUCGUCUGCCGAUGGCGCCACUUUUGCUUCGGGAGAAGAAGGUCGAGCAAGUUAUGACAGAUUCUGGCAUUCUACCUACUGUUGACAACUCUACGUCCGCCUCCUACCACGAUGGACCGUUUAUCAACUCUUCUAAUGUUUGGAAUGAGGAGUAUGAGAACGUUCCCAGCUCAUCGGGUGAUGUCUGCAUGACAGGUGCUGCCAAGCCAUCCUUAAAGAGAGGGGCAUCUGAAAUGGAGGACAUCCUGUCGGAGCCAGCGCCGCAGAAGGGUCAAAUGACGACGACCAACCAAGACUCUUCCUUACAGGAUGCUCAGCGGCUUGAAUCCUUUUCCAGUGGUUCCCGGAAGUCAAGCCUCAACACAAUCCCGGAACCCGAGGUGAUCGAAGCAAUCAACUCAGCUUUGGCAGAGAGCGAGCCACCUAGGAAGCGAACCAAGACGUCUCCCUCUCCAUCUCCGCCGAACAGAACAGGCCUUGCAAGCCACGCAAAAACCGCAAUCGUCAGCGCCAUGCUUGGAGGUCUCGGCACCAUUGCGCUUCUGGCUUCCCUCCCAUCGGAAUACUUCCACUAG